AUGGUUGUCUAUAUUUGUGAAGCUUUUCUUAUCCUCACUGGAAACUCCUUAACGAUUUACAUCUUUUUUCGCAACCGGAAGCGGUUGAAGCGUACAAGUUAUUUGCUCAUCAAUCUUGCAGUUGCCGAUGCUUUUGUGGGGAUGGUACUCACUCUUUUCAUAAGUGCAGAUGUAGCAAUUAUGCUUGAAAAAGAUGUCAGCUUAACUUUUGGUGAAACAGUCGUAGCACUCGAUAUCAGCGCAACAGUUGCUUCGUUGUCAUCGUUGGUCUUAAUUUCUUUGGAAAGAAUGGUCGCUAUUUUAUGGCCACUUCGUCAUAGGCUUAUAAAAACACGAUACUUCUAUGUUUCUGUUGGCUUUGUUUGGUUUCUUUCCGCCGCAAAUGUACUUUCAAAUCUGCGCCUCUACAACGAUAUCACGUAUGACGAUUCUUACAGCGUCUUUACAUCAGUAACAUUCGUAACGUCUCUUGUAGUCAUUACAGUUUCCUAUCUUGCCAUUUGGAUUUCAGUGCGGCGUAAUGCAAUACCAAGCAACGAUCGUAGAUCAAUGGGACAAAGCAGGAAGCUGGCCAAAACACUUUUCAUAGUAACCGCCUUGUCAAUUAUGACUUCCUUGCCAUACGGUAUUAUCAUCACUUUAAAAGAAUUUUCUGAGGAUUUCUUUUCUUUUAAAGUGCAAAUUAUUAUGGCGGUACAAUAUGCGAAUUCACUUCUGAAUCCAGUCAUCUACUGCUUUAGGAUGCCCGAGUUUAAAGCUUCCCUGAAAAAGCUAUUUUGUUGUCAUUGCUCGGGUGGGAACAGUUUCCAUACGAAUUCUACACCGUUUAAUAAGAAUCAUGAUUCUAUAUCGCUUAAAAAUCAUUCUUUAUCUCCUACCAGUGGAAUAACACUGAGGUCCGUGGAGUUCACGGAGGCUAAUAAUCGUAACUAGAUUUACAUUUUCAGUUCCAAGCUUGUGAGGGGAACCUGUCGGUUCCAAGACCAGUUGCUUUUGGUUGAACUUCAAAUAACUGCCUACGAAACUAGUAUUACAAAGGGAUCAAUAGUCUAUUCCCUUCUUUUUCUAAAAAAAAUCAAUAAGGGUGUUUGAUCCUUAUCUUUCAGACAUCAAUUUUCUUCAUGUUAUUCUUUCUUCAUGUUAUUUCCUUCAUCAGCCGCAUGAUGAAUACCGUGAGGCCUCAGUGUGGUUCUACCUAUUCAUCGUGACCUCAUUGUUUAUCUUUUGUCUAACAGCCCCCUAGUUAGCUCACUUGAAUAAGCUCUCGUCUGUAGAGCAGGAGGUCGCGCGUUCAAACGUCGACCGGAACAAAACACAGGGUAUCAAGAUAACUGAGGAGAAUGUGCUGCCUUUGUUCUAACAUCUAUAAGUAGUUUAGUCCUCUCGCACAAGGAGGAAAAACCGUUGAUCCCCUUCACACACUCCUUCACUGUUCUGAUUGAUUCCUGUGGGACGUAAAAAAACUUGCACUGCUGUUCCUAGAAAGUAGGGGAUGUAGACCUCGGUGGUGUGGUCAACCUGGAUGUGAGCGUGUGUAUGUAUUCCUGUAACAGCUCCAAAUCAGCUUUAAAGCUGCUAUGAUGAUGAUGAUGAUGAUGAUGACGAUGAUGAUAAUAGUUUUCCCAUAGAAGAGGACGCGGUAUAUGAAAAUUAAAAUUGCAAAGCCGGUUAAGCUAAAGGAGUGAUCUAUGCAACUUUUAACUCUUUUGAAGCGGUAUUUAAGGAAAAUACCAACCAUUCAACUCUGCACUGAAUGUUGCUGGGUAGCAAAUGCGCUGGAAGCGAUAAAACAACAACAACAAUAACCUUUAUUACAUGACUAUAGAUACUUACAGUAUUGCAAAAAGUAAUGAUAUUAAUAACAGAUAAUCAAGUGACAUUAUUACAUGACAGUACACGGAGACGCAAAUUAUUCAAUAAUGAAAUACAAUUCGCAAAUCGGACUUAAAAUUUCAGAGAGAACUUUUUCUACUAUGAUAUUUAAAUGAAAAUCCCUUUUUACCGACCCCAGCUGCAAAAAUGGGUCUCCGAGGAUGGGGAAGAUUCAGAGCUACUACUUUCACAAACGGUGGUUUCGUUUGGCCUGUCCAGCGCAGCAUUCAUUUGUUCGCUACAUCCUUUGUAUUAUUCUUAAAGCAAAUUAGAAGAAUUAGUCAGCCUAAUUUAACAAUCAUUUACCAUACUUACUUUGAUCUUUUUUAUUGUUUUCCAUUAAUCAACUUAAUUGAAAUUUAUGAAAAAUUGUCGAUGUAAUAUUGUACAUAUCCUAAGUCAAGUUAAUUAUGAAAUGUUAUGAGCAUGUGAUAUAGGCCAUUUUCGAGUUCCAAAAUCUCUCACUUUUGAAACGCGACUAAGUGCAAAACCUUUCUUGUAAAAAUGAGUUUUAUUGGCAUUAAAAAAAAAAUCAUUUUCAUACCAACUUAGCCUCGCUUUGAAAGAUAGGCUUGGGGUCAAUCGGCAAUGGCCUUUUGCCAAUAUGAAUUCGCUAACAAAUCGCUUAAACAUAUCGCUGUGUACAUAUCCCAGGAUGAAACAAGCAGGUUUUAGUAGUAAUUUGAGCUAAUAAAAGCUUUUUUCUGAAGAAGAAAACGAAUACAGUCGACUCCCGAUAACUCGAACCUCGCGGUAACUCGAACCAAAAUCGAUUUCCCCUGGAUUUCCGUCAUACAUUUACUGUAAUUUUACCCUCGGUAACUCGAACCCUCGAUAACUCGAACUCCCGCUAACCCGAACCAAUUUUCGUUUCCCCUCAGGUCAGUUUCUAUAUAAUUUUACCCUCGAUAACUCGAACCAUGUUUUGAGCCCUUAAAAAGUCGGGAAAAAAGCCGUCUACUGGCGUCCGAAACAUUGAAUUUUGGACUUCCUAUUGACGUGUUGUAGGAGUAUAGUUUACUAGUGGAGGCUGAUAGUGAUUGUCACAGGCUAACGUGAACCAGCUUUACUUCUCAAAACAGUAAAACGCAUGCUUGAUUUAGGCUAAGGUUUGUUACGUUACGUUCUGAUUUAUAAUAUAGAAGUAUCUUUUAAUUUUCACUUGACAUUUCUACAAUUAAAUGUGAUUAAAAUGUUCACUGUGCAGUAAAACCUAUUUUUUACCUUACCCUCGGCUAUUUUCUACGAGCUCCCGAUAACUCGAACUUUUUUUCUAUUUCCCCUGAAGGUUCGAGUUAUCGGGAGUCUACUGUAUUCAGUUAGCAAAAAGAAACGUGGUUAUAUUUGAUAAUUAUAAGAUAAAGAAUUUAACAGACCAAGGACAUCAUCCAUGGUCUGAAUUUCUUUCUUUUUUUGGUUCACAUCAUACUUAGCCUGUUCCAGGCUCUCAGAUAGUGGGGGAAGACGCGAAAGAAAAAGGCACGCGAAAAGUUGGCGGGGCGGGAAAAGGAAAAUGAAAGGAGAGAGAGCCUGUAAUCAUUUCUUUUACAACCCUCUUCCGCCCACUAUUGGCACGUUUGAGAUAAUUAGAUUUCGGCUGUCAAACUGUUGAAAUGUCAAUAAGUUGGAAUCUUUCUCAAAUUUCUCGCGACGUUAUUUCGCGCGGCGCUAAUCCCUUAUGCGAGUGUGAGCAAUAUGGAGUGUAAAAAGCGGGUCGGUAGGCAACACACGACUUUUAUCUCGUGCCAAAAUGCUGCUUGUUAGCCUGCGAACGGCAGACGUUUCUCCUGGCUCAUCGCCGCUGAGGGACGUUUCGCGAAACGUCCCUUAGGGGCAAUGAGCGAGGAGAAACGCCUGCCGGCGUUCGCAGGCUUGCUGCUUGUUCCAGUGAAUACAUGUAUUUUCUCUUACGGGUGGAUUAUGCUCUGAAGGGGUCUACAUUUUGACUGAGCAAACUAUGUCAUUUUUGCCGCCUAUUUCAUGCUAGCCUGUUCACAGACCCUCUAUUUUCUCUUCGAAGUCCGUCGAGCGCCGUUGAUAAAAUAUAAACCACAGGGGAUUUAUGAUGGUUUUGAAAAGAACGAAAAGAAAAAUAAAACAACGUCUGUUUACAGCCUAGUUUCAUGCUGAGAGGUCGUUACAAGCAUAUUGAUUUUCUGAGGUUGUUGUUUCUGGUCGGCAUGAUUUGAUGAUUUGCCCUUCAUUGCGGCUAAAUAAGGGUUUUAGGUUGUUUAAUUUUCUCCAAGUCCAUCCUUGAUCUGAAUGUGAUGGUCUCCUACAAUGAGUUUUGUCACGCUGGGCCCAGCUCGUUUAGUGUUUUUGCAAGAUGUUAAAUUCUCACAGAUGGUGAUUCACAGAUCCAAAUUUCGAAGAAUGGAUUGUAGCUUAAACUGAAGCUACUUUAAACAUGGAGAACUACGCUGUGAGUCAGUCAAGAUUUUUAAACUCCAGCUUGUUCUUCUAAAGAGAUCUAAAAUAAUGUAAGUCUGGACUGGAGCGCGUAGAUAACUCCUUUUUGCGACUGUUCUGUUAUUCCCACUUUGUUAUCAGGCAAGACCAUUGUUUUCACCCUGAAUGCGCUGGUUUUUCUUUCAUUCCGACAUUAAAUAGAUAAUGAGUCCAAGAAUGUCGCCAACGUAUCAAUACUUAGAAGGAGCUCUUACAGAGUUUCAAAACUGGCAGAGUUCACCACGUUAAAGUUCCAAUGUUUUAUAUUAGAAAAUUUAAAGAAAUUUCAGGAUUUAAAUCAUAUAACGCGGUGAAGGCAAGGGGAUUGAAACAUUUGUAGCACAGGAAUACGAACGCUUUCAAAACUCUUUCUUGUGUUAUACACGUAAUUAAUUUUCACUGCACACUUUUAAUUCACAAAAUGCCCGUGGCGAGACAAAUGAAACUGCUAUUUUGCCAAGUUUAUGUCAUACCCUGAAAUUAAAAUUCAUCUAAUUGUGCAAAUUGCUGUCAAGCCUUUUCUAGUUUGUUUACUAUCGCUGCUUAGUGUUUGUGAUUCCCCCAGGGAAAGUUAUGAUGGUACGCCUGGUAGUAAGAUCUGACAAAUUGGCUUCCUUUUUCAAAGAAUAACUCCUUUCAUUGAGGGGGCAGCGUGACCGAGCGGAAAGCUUGCCUCAACCCGGCAUCGCAGUCCAGUCCUGCCCUUACCACUCGCCGAAGCUGCUCCUUGCCAUCCUAAGUUCCCUCCAGGUUAGACUAAAGAAAUUGUGGUGCUACAGGCAUCUGUAGGUGAGUAAAACAGAAAAAUGUAGUUUUAUGAACUGAGUGCACAUUUUACUGUACAGGUAUAACUUUACGAAUAUCAAACCAAUUUUUAUGCCUGUCAAUAGCUAACUACUUGCGCUCUACCCUCUUCCAGGCGGGAUUUCUUCUUAAAAACGAGUUUAAAUUUUGAGUGAACUCGCCGAAAACUACUGAAACAAAAAACUGCACUAGUUUUACAUGUUUUGCAUUCUCCAUUUCCCGUAAUAUAUCCGCGUCCAAGUCUUGCUUGAAGGAUACAGAGGCACCCAACGAGAAUAUAGUUCAAAACCAGUUAAACAUAGUAUUGUUGAACGUAUUUUAGUAUUUAACCGGUAGAUAUAGGCAUAUUUUUCAUCUGUUCGUCUAGUGAUCCGAAAAUUAAGGGAUCAAAACUUACCUUUUUGAAAAUUUCAGCCAGAAAAAAGGCUCCCGAAAAAUUCUAGGUGACCUUUUCACGGUAAAAAUCCGUUAAAAAUGGGCAAUUAUACCAUUUUUGGGGGGUUCGAAAAUCCUAGGAGAGGCAGGCAAGCAAGAAAUUUAACAACAACUGUUCCGAAAAUUCUAGAUCUCAAAUCGUCUUCCGAACAGAUAUUUUCCAAAAAUUGUCGUUGGGUGCCCCUUAGGAUAGGAACAACGAUAAAAUUGUGUUAUGUCCAAACGCCAUUGCUUUCGGACAGAUAUUUUAGAAACUUUUAUUAAUGACCUAGUAUUCUCAAAUUGCCCAAGCCUCUGUCUUAAGUCGAGGCUAAGUGCGAGGUUAUUUAUAUAAUUAUUCAUAAAAAAAAUGAUUUUUAUUCUCAUGCAAAUAAAACACAUUUCCACAAGAAAGGUUUUGCACUUAGCCGCGUUUUGACACUGAUUUCGAGACCUAAUAAAUCUUAUAUUUGUCAUGAUGUGAAGUUAUAUUGAUCUAACUAAUAUAUGUAUUCUUUAGCCUUAGAAAGAUGACGAAUACAAGCCAAGAUGAUUCCGAACAUUUGCUGUUUAAAGAUAUUCCAUGGAUGCUUGUAUACAUCUGUGAGGCAUUUCUAAUUCUCGUUGGAAACCUCUUUACAAUUUAUAUUUUCUGGAGCCUUCGAAAACAACUGAAGCGAGCAAGCUAUCUGCUCAUCAAUCUUGCAGUUGCUGAUUUUUUUGUUGGAAUUGGAGUUGUUCUUUAUAUUGGAGCAGAUAUUGCAGUUCUCUCAGGAAAACAAAUUAGUUUGAUGUUAGUUGACGCAAUAAUAACAGUUGACGUCACCGCAACAGUUGCCUCGCUGUCAUCGUUGGUCUUAAUUUCUUUGGAAAGAAUGGUGGCGAUAUUGUGGCCAUUCCGUCAUAGGCUUUUGAAAACACGAUACUUUUACUUCUCCAUUGGUUUUGUUUGGCUUCUUUCGCUCACAAAUGUUAUUUCACUAAACUUGCGUGUAGAUUCUGUUUCCUCAAAUGGCUAUGCCGACAGCAUUUAUACAUCCGUUACGUUCAUAGUCUCGGUUUUGGUCAUCACCGUUGCCUAUCUUGCUAUUUGGAUUUCAAUGCAACGAAGUAAAAUACCAAGCAAUGAUUGUAAGUCCAAAGAGAAAAAUAGAACGCUUGCAAAGACCCUUUUCAUAGUAACCGCUUUGUCAAUUAUUACCUGCCUGCCAUAUGGUAUCAUCAUUGUUUUGGCCAACUUUUCUGAGGAUUGCAGGUUUUCUUUUUGGGUUCAUAUAAUCUUCGUCGCACAAUUUGCGAAUUCAUUUUUGAAUCCGAUUGUCUACUGCUUUAGAAUGCCUGAAUUUAAAGCGUCCUUGAAAAAGCUAGUUUGUCAGUGCUCACGGAAAAGAUUUUUGUUUGAUAAUAAUGCUGUAAGGUCUGCCGGUGGAAUAACACUGAGGUCCAUGUCACCCGUAAAGACUUCUUAAUGCGGGAGAAAGAGAGUCGAGCCUUGUGCAUUAUGACAAUUUUUGUCGGAGACUGAAACGCUUCAAAAAGACUUGAAGGUCUUCUCUAGUCCAAAGGAGGUUUAUUCCGGUAUCCCAUGAUGCAGCGCGGAUCAACUAUCCUUUCUGUAGUCCUAACCCAAGAAAACAACUGGCAUACCGGUAUUCGCGACGCCACCACUAGCCACUAGUUUAUUUUCGCAAUGGGGGCGGGGGAGGGGGGGGGGAAGGUUACAAAAUGAAAGGCAAAAUUUUCCCAUUGAUUGCUUAGUAUCUAGUAGGAAUAGCUUAAGACUGAUCGGAGGAAAGGCCAGGAAAAUAUUCCGAUUACAUAUUACCGACCGAACUGACACAUAGUAAAAGCGUAAUUGUCUUGUACAUAAAAUGUGGAUUAUUUCUACCAAGAAAAACGAGAGUGACCGUACAUUAUGAGAGUUUUAAGUGAACAUUAAACCACCUUCUUUUUCUCAGAUUUUUAUUGUGUAUCCGCGCUUCUUUUCUCUGGAACAUGCAGCUGAGCAGCUUGCCAAUAAGCCUGUAAUUGUUCUUCACUUUUUCCAUUUUUAGUUUGCGAUUUCCAAGUCAUUAGGCAGAUUUAGCCACGGCAAUGCAGCGCAGAUCUAAAAGCCGACUUGACCAAUGGCAGAACGGCAAAUUUAGCACCGAAAGAUUUCCGCGUACUUUAGUGUUCUUAUUAGAUAUACUGCGUUGUCUUUGCUAAAUCCGCCCAUUGCAAUUAGUUGAACAUUAUCGCUCUCCCCGACAUGCAGCCGAGCGAAAAGGCAAAAAAUCAACAUUCUAAACUUUUCUCUCCCAAAAAUGCGAAAACUAGUCUUUUGUAAUUUUGACUGGCUUGGCUCAUCUUAUCAUCGACUUAAUCUGUCAUUAUUACGGAAGUUACGCAAUCAACAUAAGAAAUUUUACACACCUGCCGGAUUAUAGUGAAAUAUAUAAAUAGCCAUUUUUCACAAUUAAAUGAAAUAUUUUUCAUAUGUUAAAAUAUCUGAUUGCCCGUGAUGUUAUUUCCAGUUUCUUUGAAGCCGGUAGUUUAUAUAUCACAUGUACAAAGAUUUGAGACGAAAGUCAAAGCCAAAACCAGUGAAUGAGAACAGAGUUAUAAUCUACAGUGUAAUUCUACGGUAAGUUAGUUUGCGGAAUUUAUCGAGAUCUGAGUCCGAAAAGGGUCUAAAAAAUUGAAAGCCAUCUUUUUUAACUUGGACGAUUUGGCAGGAAGUAAAAACAUGAACCUUAUUCUAUAUCUUGAAUUUUCCAUGCAAAUGUACGUGUUUUCAUGAGCUGAUAAUUAUAAACUUUAUCGUUUCUGGACUACAACUUUAGAGUGCUAUAAUGCUGCCUAUCUUCGUGUUUUUUUAGACGACGCUUUUUGGUCGAAACCAUGGAUUAAUGUAUAGAAAUACUUUUCUUCAACAACAUGUGUCAUAAUGUGACAAUUUAGGACAAUUGUAGUCUGCUACAGACAAACAUUUUAGAGGAAUACACUAAUGGUAAUGAUUAUCUUUGCGAAAAAAGCUGAGGACGGCUUUUCAUUAACUAACAAUGCUACGGUAUAAUCUGAGUUCCAAUCAACUGCCCAUAUCACGCCGGUCUCAUUUACAAGACAGCAAGAACGCACUAGGAAAAAUGGAUUAAGUCUUUGGUUCUCUUUUGGUUGAGAGCCUAAUCAUUUUGAAUGCCAAAAUUUCUUGAUCGCAUAUGGGUGUAUCACAGAAAACCUCUUUCAACUGGCAAUAAUUUUUUGAUAUUCUGUUGAUAUCACCGAACUUUGACUCAGCUCAAGAUAAAUUAUAAGUCCAAGCUGCCGCUGCACUCAUGUUACAUUCCGGACUGAAGUCUACUUCGCUGUCUAUGAACUGUUGUCGUAAUAAUGAAACAUUAUUAGUUUCCUUCAUUUAAGAGGUAAAAUUGUGAAAAAAUAAAUGCAUUUGAGGAUUUGGUCGUUGGCGGCAAUAACAAGGUGGUGGGAUUUAUAGCUCUUUCCGGGAGAAAAAGAUAAUAACUGGAAUUUUUGCUAGGACCAGAAACUUCGUCUUAACAACCGGCAGGCUGCAUUAUGGAGUGGUCAUUUGGGCUGGUUCCACUGUAUUAAGCAAUUUGUCUGCCUUGAACUGGGUUUUAACCUUUUCAAUUUCUGUCAUUUCUAAAGCAAAACAUCCCUACUCUAACAAAUUUUCAGGUUUAAUUGUGUGAUCUUUCCUUGUUUAGGAUUGCCUGUUCGAACCCGCUCUUGUAGAGAUUUUAGGUUCUGUUUAGAGACCACAGAACACAAUGGAAAGCACUUUAUAUCUGCAGAACUCUUCUUCAACCAAUUCAACUCCCACAGUUUUACCACAAGGUCAAACUCCUGAAGUUAUUGAUCAUCCACAUGUGGUUAUUAUAUGUACAAUACUGGGCGUGGCUAGCCUUGUGGGGACUCUCGGCAACGCCUUAGUUUUAUGGUCCAUAAUGAAGUUUGAAAACUUAAGAACCAUAGCGGACUUAUUCAUUUUCAGCCUAUCGCUAUCAGAUAUCCUUGUCACAACAACGUAUCAACCAUUGAAAGCAUAUCGGGCUGCACAGUUACAAGAGGCAAAUUUAUCCUUGGUAUCUUUCUCAAGGUUCCUUGGGUAUUUAUCGCUCACUGCAUCAAUUACAAACAUGUUUGGGGUGACUGUGGAGCGUCUUAUUUCCAUUCGCUUUCCCCUGAAAUAUGACCAGAUUGUAACAAGGAGACGGGCUAUCAUCACUGUUAUCUACAUUUGGGUAUUUUCGGUUACUAAUGGAAUAAUUUAUUCCAGAGGAUAUAUGUCAGGGUUUUAUCUUGCAAUGUACUUCAUAUUAACCAUCGCUGGAACAGGAAUGAUCUACGCUUACAUAUUUUACAUAGCCAAAAGACUGGAGGAUGUAGUGAUACAAGCGCAAAACCGCUUUGUUGGUGGCAGUGAACGUAAAGCGGCCAAAACUAUCAUCAUUCUUCUUGGAGUGGCAAUUGCAUGUUGGGUUCCGUUUUUAAUCAGUUUGAAACUUUUAUCGAAAAAUGAUGGGAGAUCCAAGUGGAUUUUCUAUUUAGCCCAAGCCUUGGCAACAUGCAAUUCAUCAAUUAACCCUUACAUAUACUGCGUAAGAAGUAGCAGGUAUCGC